GUCUUGCACGUGUGCUCCCCAAUCGCAUCCACCUUCGUACGCCUCGCCUCCGCUGUACACGUCCCGCGCGUGCGUGUCCGCGCCCGUCAUUCCUAAGCCUGUGCGACUUAGGCUUCUCGCGUCUACCCCAUACUCGCGCGCCAACGUGCGACUGCUACUACCGCUGCCCAACUUCCGCGCGUCCUCACCGUCGCCCGCUACGCCUAUGCCCAUACGGAUUAGGCGUUCGCCCUUGUCGCUGGUACUCACGCGCCCAUCGGGCGCCUCACCCCAUCUGUCCAACCAUCGCGCGUCCCGAUCGUUGAUCUCAUACCCUCGCAUAUGUUC